ACACCUUUUUGCUUUCUAUAUACACGCAUGUAAGAGGAUACGACUAAGGGGGAAAUGGCGAAUCUUAGCGAACAGGAGGUCAUGCAGGCCUUUGAAUAUUUCGACAAGGACAAAAGUGGAUCGAUAACAGACUCGGAACUAGGGGACGCUUUGAGACUAGCCGGGAUGAACCCGACAGAAACGGAAAUAGAAACCCUUAUUAAGGAAGCAGAUAAAGAUGGUAGUGGUAAAAUUGAAUUUCCGGAAUUCGCCAAACUUAUGAAAGAACUGGAAAAGGUUGACUGUAAUAAAGAACUUCGGGACGCAUUUAAUCACUUUGAUAUCAACGGGGACCAACGCAUCUCUUCGGAAGAACUACAAAAACGACUCGGAUUCACCUCUGAGGAAGCUAAAGAUAUUAUCAGCGAAGCCGACUUAGACAAAGAUGGCUUUAUCGACUUUGAGGAAUUUAUCACUAUGCUGACAGGAAAAGGGAACAUGUUCGCCUAAUAAAACAUGGCUGUUGUUAACGGACAUAUAUAUUGUCGAACAAUUGUAAAUUGAAUAUAACUUAAUCUAAAUUCAUCUAUAAUGCAUAUAUAAUAAGACAAAUCACUCAGGGGGAAAAUACAAAUAGUUUAAUAUCAAAUCACCGGGCCAUAUGCAAUGGAUUUAGAUAUACAGUAUGAGAGAGGUCAACACAUUGGUCAACGUAAAUGACAAUACAAUACAAGGAAUUCAAAACAAUAUAAGCCAGAAAGAUAAACAUCCUGAACAUCCUCGCAUUAAUAUAGACGACAUUGGGAGACAGAAUGCAACAAACAAAAAAACAAAAAACAAUCGAAUAAUGAUCCAUUGUUAUAUACAAAUGUAUAUAACAGCGGUACAGUAAUUGUUCUUAUUAAUUGGCGCUACGAUACAAACGCCAUAAAAUGGUGGAUGGAAAUAAAGACAUUAUUAAAAGGAAUAGACAUAAGAAGAAAAAAACUUAUUAUAAGCAAGAUAGAUAUGAGCAUCGUGCUAACUAUCUCCUCUCCCUUUGAUAAGAUUCUGACAAAAGAUGGCCCAAGUUGUCAAAAUGCCAUUUUGCAACGUUUUAUCUCGUAUCCCGUUUCUUAUCCAGUGUUCCAUGUCAUAUUUGAUUCACUAUCUCGUGUCUAUUUACAGUAUUCCUUACACCAAUGUUUGUGGUUGCUUGUCGUUGUGCAACACACUAGAUCCAUGUUAUUAGUUUAUAUUCAAUGUUCAUUCAUGUUGUGGGGUAUAAUUUAUUUACGUUACUUCUCUCAAACAUUACCUCCAAACUUUUUAACGAUAUGUUAUCCUUUCCUCUUGUUACUCUAAAUGUUGUUACUUUCGAGUGUGUGUGUUUUCCAGAAAUAUCCAAAGAAAGGAUGUAAUCGCGAAAUCAAUUUAUAUUGGAAAAGAAAAUCUAUAAAGGAUUAGUGUGGAAAUGAGUUAAUAUUACAUGUAAUUAUUUCAACAAUCAGUGUAUUUAUAAAAUCAAUGUUAUUAUUCAUCAAAAUACCUGGUUUACGUAAUUACGAUACCGUAACAACGGUACUAUUAUCCAUCCUACCGUAUGCAAUAGACAAAUCUGAUUAAUUAUGUAUGAUAAUUAAUUGCGAUUUAUCAAACUGUAUGCCGCAUAAUAAUUGAUUGGAGCGAGAAUUAAUUUAAGUGUUUUAAGUGUGAUGAAUAAUUAUUAAUUUGCAUACUGUAAUGUUAUUUGUAACUGCCCUUCUUAUGCAUGAUGUUUGUAAUUAGUUAUAAUAUCUCGGUUAUGACACUGAGAAAUCGUCAUAUAUGUAUUUAUCGUACUGUAUGUAUUGUUAUAACAAUAAAAACAUAGUAACAAAACAUUA